AUGGCCGCCCCUCAAACCCUCGAAGGCCUCAAAGCUGGAGAUUAUAAAGAUGUCAAACGUCUCAAGCUCUCCAGCUCCCUGACGACCUUCCCGCGAGAAAUCCUCUCCCUCUACUCCUCGCUCGAGAUCCUCGACCUCUCCGGCAACGCCCUCUCUUCCCUGCCCAAGGAAAUCUCCCGUCUACACAAGCUCAAAGUCGCCUUCUUCUCCGAUUGCAACUUCACGACGUUCCCGAAGGAACUCGCGCAAUGCCGCUCUCUGGAGAUGAUUGCAUUCAAGGGUAAUCACAUGACGAGCAUCCCUGAAGGCGCCCUCCCGAGAAAGCUGAGAUGGUUGAUCCUGACGAACAAUCGCAUCAGCGAGCUGCCGACGAGUAUCGGACAGUGUCACCGUCUGCAGAAAUGCAUGCUGGCUGGGAACCAGCUCACGGCGUUACCGAACGAGAUGUCGCAUUGCCGCAAACUGGGGCUCCUGCGAUUGUCGUCGAACAACCUGACCUCCUUACCACAGUGGCUCUUUGAGCUGCCCGAGCUCUCGUUCCUGUCCUUUGCUGGUAAUCCUUGCGCGCCCUCGUCCGAGGACAACCCUAUCUUGGAUGAUAUCACGUGGUCUGAUCUGUCAGUGGAGAGUCUGCUCGGCGAGGGAGCAUCAGGCAUCAUCUCCCAGGGCGUGUGGAGGACUCCUGCUGAGGCGAGAUCAGUGGCGAUCAAGCUGUUCAAAGGAGAGAUUACGAGCGAUGGCUCGCCGGCCGAUGAGAUGGCGGCGACUAUCACCGCCGGCCAGCACCCGAAUCUCAUCGAUCCAAUUGGCAAGAUCCACGGGCACCCUGAGAAACGUGGCUUGGUGCUGGAGCUCAUCCCGCCGCAUUACACGAAUCUUGGACUGCCGCCAACGUUGGAUACAUGCACGCGCGACUCGUACCAUCUCGAGACAGUUGUCUCGAUUGAGAAGUGCAAGAGUAUCCUCCUUGGCAUCGCUGCCGCAGCAGCACACCUGCACGCACGGGGAAUCGCCCAUGGGGAUUUGUACGCCCACAAUAUCUUGAUUGAUGAGAGCGGACACGCAUUGCUUGGAGACUUUGGCGCCGCGACCAUUUACCGCAAGGAUAACGACAAGGCGGAGAUGCUAGAACGGAUGGAGGUCUUCGCGUUUGGGCACCUGAUUGAAGAUCUGCUUGGGCUGGUGGAGAGACGGCUUGAUGAGGAGGAAAGUCUGGCUGAGAAAGAUGCGACUCUGGUUGAGGGAUUGAACCUGCUGCAUUGGAAAUGCACUGCUCCGGUUGUCAAACAGAGGCCGUGUUUUGCAGAAGUGCUUGAGGAGUUGGAAGGCCUAUAG